AUGUCUUCAGCGACAUAUCAAAUCGAAAAGCCAGCCCGCGACGACUUCGAAGAAUGGUCUAAAUUAUUCCGUGCCUACAUCGACUUUUACAAAUCCAAGAUUGAUGAAGAUCAAUACGCGCGAACUUUCGAUCGCAUCAUCGAAGAGAAGAAUUGUCUGCAAGCGCUGGUCGUGCGACAAGUCAAAGGGGAGGAGAACAAAUUAGUUGGGAUAGCGCAUUUCUUCCCGGAGCAGACGCCUUGGAGCGAGAAGGAAAUCCUUUUACUCAAUGACUUGUUUGUUGAUCCGGAGGCUCGCGGGGAGGGUCUUGGGAGGAAGUUGACGCAGGCCGUUGCCGAUGUUGCGAGGGAGAAGGGGUUUAUGAGGGUGCAGUGGGUUACCAAGCAUGAUAAUACUGCGGCGCGGAAGCUUUAUGAUACUCUUGCCGAGAGUCAGUUUGUCCAGUAUAGAAUGACUUUGUAA